CCUGUCAAUCUCAGCCGGGAAACUAGCGGCAUCACGGUAUUAUAUUAUCCAUCUGGUCUACUCUCGGAACGAGUGGGGAAUUCUCGAGAAAUCAACAUGAAACGUCACGGGUUUUUGUGCCCUUUGACAUUUAUUUGCGCUUGUGUCCUUAUCGCUGCCGUCUGCUCAGUGAAAGGAGAUUACUGUGAAGUGAAUCUCUGCCAUAACGGAGGGACGUGUGUGACCGGGGUGGGGGAGGACCCAUUCAUCUGUAUCUGUGCUGAUGCUUUUACUGGAGACACCUGCCACCUCAAUGAGACUGGUCCCUGCAUUCCCAACCCCUGCAGGAAUGAUGGGUCGUGUGAGGUCAUCACUCCGACCAGACGAGGAGACGUGUUCAGCGAGUACGUGUGUAAAUGCCAGCCUGGCUUCGAGGGCGUGCACUGCCAGAUCAAUGUGAAUGACUGUGAGAAGCAGCCAUGUAAGAACGGUGGGAUGUGUCGAGAUCUGGAUGGUGACUACACCUGCCUGUGCCCUUCACCCUACGUUGGAAAGCAAUGCCAGCUCCGUUGUAUAUCUCUGAUGGGGAUGGAGGGAGGAGAAAUCGUAGAGUCUCAGAUCUCGGCCUCCUCUGUACACUAUGGCAUUAUGGGUCUUCAGCGCUGGGGUCCAGAACUGGCCCGGCUCAACAACCAGGGCAUGGUCAACGCCUGGACCGCCGCCAACCAUGACAAGAACCCCUGGAUGGAGAUCAACAUGCAAAAGAAGAUGCGCCUAACUGGCAUCAUCACCCAGGGUGCCAGUCGAAUGGGCAUAGCUAGGUACAUUAAGGUCUUUAAAGUGUCUUCCAGCUUUGAUGGUAAGACCUACACCCCCUACAGACCAGCGGGACAGAGGAAGGACAAGGUGUUUGUGGGUAACAUUGAUAAUGACAGCACCAAGACCAACCUGUUUGACCCUCCCAUCGUGGCCCAGUUCAUCCGCGUCAUUCCUGUGGUGUGUCGCAAGGCCUGCACCCUGCGUAUGGAGCUGGUGGGCUGUGAGCUCAAUGUAUAUUCCAACACGACAGGUUGCUCUGAGCCAAUGGGCAUGAAGUCCCGCCUUGUCUCUGAUGGACAGCUCUCGGCGUCCAGUGCCUUCCGCACCUGGGGCAUUGAUGCCUUCACCUGGCACCCACAGUUCGCCCGGCUAGACAAACAGGGCAAGACCAACGCCUGGUCCCCCGCCACUAACAACCGCUCAGAGUGGCUACAGGUUGACCUGGAAAAGACCAAGCAUCUGACAGGCAUCAUCACCCAGGGGGCCAAGGACUUUGGGGUGGUGCAGUUUGUGUCCGCCUUCAAAGUGGCCUAUAGCGACGACGGACAGGCCUGGAACCUGGUGAAGGAUGAGAACACCAACACAGAGAAGAUUUUCCAAGGCAACAUUGACAACAACAUGCAUAAGAAGAACCUGUUUGAGCCUCCGUUCUACGCCCGCUACCUGCGCGUUGUGCCCUGGGAGUGGCAAGAGCGCAUCACCCUGCGCAUGGAGCUGCUGGGCUGUGACUACUAGAACUACAUUACCCAUAAUCCACCAGUGCUCCACCCAGUCUCCAUAACGUACCUAUCCACACUGAAAUCAGUCACACCUUCCUCUACACCAGGACAUAGAAAUCUAAUGUAUAGAAUGUACAUUUGGGAAAAUGUGUCAGGUUCUAACGUUCCAGAACUUUGCAUCAAUAGAAUAUUUUCCAGAUUAAGUCUGCUCUACAGCUUGUAUUUCUACAAAUAUUUUCAGCUAAAACUGAUCAAUUCCAAUUUGUUUUUGAUCCUUUCCACAGUGACUGUGGCCCAGUGUCAAUUCUAAAUACAUGGGCUCUCACAUUCUCUUUGAAGAAUUAGGGUAUGUCUGAAAUGACAGCCUAUUCCCAAUGUAGUGCACAAUUUUUGACCUUUUGGCAGUACAUGUGCUGUGGUCAAAAGUAGCACAGUAUAGCGAACAUGUCGGACAAACCUUCCCCCAGCGCUGCCAGUUCCAACACGUUCCAAACACUCACAGUUCUGUGUGAUGUCACUUUGCCAGCCGACCUAGCAGCUGCUUGUCCCGCCGUGCUCUCUGACAUUAUGUAUCCAGGGUGAGAGCCUUCUAUUUACAGCAGUGGUAUUCAGAGUCAGGGUCGCCAAAUAAAAAUAACAUCCUAUCCCAGUCGGCGUGGACUUAAAGACCUCAAA